CGACAGUUGUAUUAACUUGAAACCGAUGAACCAGCGGGCAGCCGCCAUGGCCGUCGGCGAGGCCCUCGGCGAAGCUUACGCCGAGUCGCGCCGGCCAUCGGUCUCGCUCGAGCCCGAGGUGACCCAGCCGCGCCGUCGCUCGACGGCCGCGUCCGACAAGACCGACGCCUCCCGGCCCUCCGAGGACGUGUCGGCCCAAGCGCUCGAAGCGAGCCUGCGCUUCUCGAGCAUCCUCCUCGAAGGCUCGGGUUCGCCCACCAAGAAGCAGCAACGGCUUGAUCCAGCUACGGUGGACACACUCCGCGCGAGCGCCGAUGGCAUGCCCCUCGGUGCGCUCUCCAAAAGCGAGGCCGAGUACGACUUUGCGAUCGUGCUCAAGCCGACGCGACCCGACGACAACGCCGUCGCUCGCCACGUGGCGCCGGCGACGAACCUCCGGGCUUUCUACCGCAAGCAUCCCCAGCAGGCCAAGGUCGAGCUGCUUCGACGCCUGCACGCCGCGGGGCUCCAGACCAAAAAGCUACGAGCGCUCGACGGGAAGCAGACGCUCAUCAAGGUCAAGGCGCCCGGCCACGUCCUCGAGCUCGGCGCCGAGAAGAUGCGGCUCAAGAAGCGGCGGCAAGUCGACCUCAUGUGGGUCGAGUUUGCCGCCGACGUCCGCGAGACCUUUCAAGAUUUCCGCAACGGCGACAUGCAUUUUUUAGAUUCAGAGAAGCAGAGCAUCGUGCACAACCUCCUUACCACCGACGACGGCGCGGGCCUCAACGAGCACAGCGAUCUCUUGCCCAUCAUUGAGCAAAUGCUGCCACUGCACAAGGCCAAUUUGGACCUUCUGCGCACGCACUGGGUCUGCUACUGGCGCCCGUCGUCGCCGUCGUCCGUCCCCGUCGCCGCACGGACGCUGUACCGCAUAUUGCGCUACGCUCUCGACCAGCCAUUGGAUCUGGUUGCAGAGUACUUUGGCGAGCACGUCGCGUUCUACUUUGCGUGGGUCCAGCUCUACACGCGUUGGCUCGUGCUGCCGACAGUUGUGGGCAUCUACCUCUUCUACUGCCAAGUCGCGACCAAGUCCCUCGACCAGCCGUUCGCGCCGUAUUAUGCGCUCUUCAUGGCGCUCUGGGCGUCUGGCUUUCUGCUCGCGUGGAAGCGCCAAGCCAACUCGCUCGCGUACCGCUGGGGCGUGCUGGGCUACGAGGACGAAGAGGUGCUUCGCCCCGCGUACCACAAAGGCGGUCUCCACCGCUGGCUCAAGUACGCGGUCACGUACACCGUCGUGCUCGCCGCGAUCGCCCUCGUGCUCGCGCUCAUGUACUAUGCCUUCACGACGCGCGACGCGCUCGCCGAAGAGUCGCUCGCGCUCCAAGCCAACUUGACGCACAUUGCGCUCAAUUGGUCCAACCUCUCGGAGCUGCAUGCACUCGCGAACGCCAAGUUCUGGGUCUUCGUGCUCUUGACGCCGAUGCUCUACGGUCUCUGCAUCCCGAUGCUCGAUCUCUUGUUCACGCUGCUCGCGACGCGCAUGACCGAGUGGGAGAACCACAAGACCGCGUCGGCCUUCCAGAGCGCGCUCAUCCUCAAGGUCUUCCCGUUCCGCUUCGUGCACGUGUUUGCGACCUUGUACUACUACGCGUUUGCGGCCGGCAACGACCUCUUGCGGGUCGCGAUCCAGCUCGCGACCUUUAUGCUCUCGGGUCAAAUGUGGCACAACGUCGUCAAGACCGGCGUGCCGCUGCUGCGACGCGUGAUCCGGCAUCGCAGGAAGAGCCAGGCGACGGCCAAGCUCCUGCGCGCGUCGCCUUUCUUUCGGACGACCGCACCGACGGCUGUCCAUCGACAGUGCAUUCGCCUCGAGCAAGCGUCGUCCUUGGUCUGGGACGAAAGCCAAUUGGACAAGUACGACCCGUUCGACGACUACACCGAGAUGCUCAUCCAGUUUGGCUACGUGAGCUUCUUCUCGAUUGCAUUUCCCCUCGCGCCAUUGCUCGCGUUGGUCAACAACCUCAUCGCUCUGCGCGCCGACGCGUUCAAGCUCUGCCACACCAAGCAGCGCCCGAUCGCGCGCAAAGCCAGCGGCAUUGGGAUCUGGUUGCCCGUGCUCCAGGCCAUGUCGAUUCUGGCCGUCCUCACCAACUGCCUCCACGUGGCCUUUACAACCACGCAGAUGGAGCGCAUGGCCCCAACCAUUUCGCCCGCCCAAAAGGUGUGGGUCGUCUUCGCCGCGGAGCACUCGGUGCUUCUGCUGCAAGUGGCCAUUGCGUGCGCGGUGCCGUCCAUGACCAAGGACGUCAAAGCCAGUGUACGCGCCGAGAAGGCGAUGCUCAAGAACGCCAGCGCCAAGGCCGUCGCGGCGCGGCUGGCGUGUGCGACGAUCGAGGACGACGACGACGGCAACGACUCGGACACGCCCGAGAAGAGCGCCUUGUAAGAUUGCAACAUGCAUCGGCAUCGCUGGUCGUAGAGCUCUGUGUGGA